UGGGGAACGGGCGACCCCGGACGGACUGGCCAGGUCCGGGACCGGGCGAGGGUGCCGGGACGCCCGGGAAGCGCCGCGAGGGAGGGGCCAGCUGCUGGUCCCCCCGGGCAGGGGUCUGACUGCGGACGGAGGGGGAAAGCCGCAUCCAGCCCUCGGGGAGUCGGGUGGAGCCCCGUCCCAGGCAGCUGUGCAAACGGGAGGAGGAGGUCCCACGCCUACCCGGGGGAGAGGGGCAGGAGGGGUGGUCCACUGCGGCCGCGCCGGCCCCCGCGGUGCGGGUUGCGCCAGUCUCCUCAGCGCCCGACGCAGAAACUUGUUGCAACAAACAGGCGACCGCGGGUGCCCCUAGCAGCCAGCUGCGGAGUGGGUGGGCGGGCGAGAGGGAGGGGAAGGCUGGCGGACGCCGCGGCGAGCUGGUGGGCAGACCCGGAGUCGCCGCGUAAGCGGGGCCGGCUCAGUGCGGUGCGGCAGGCGCGGCUGUGCGGCAGCGGAAGUCCUUUGUUGCAGCACAGUCCCCGGCGGAGCCAGAACCUCGCCGCGCAGCCCAGCCCGAGCGCCGCGCUUCGCCGCCACUGCAGCUCGCGGCCCUUUCGCCUCCGCCCGCCUUUCGCGUGGCUUCUUGGCCUUAAACUCCCGAAAACCCCCGCACCCCCGGUCCCGCGGCGGCCGGUCGCUAAUUAAUAGAAGAUGGCAAAGCCCAGCCACAGCAGCUACGUCCUUCAGCAGCUAAACAACCAAAGGGAAUGGGGUUUUCUCUGUGACUGUUGUAUUGCAAUUGAUGACAUUUACUUUCAAGCACACAAAGCCGUUCUAGCUGCUUGUAGCUCCUAUUUUAGAAUGUUUUUCAUGAACCAUCAGCAUAGUACUGCACAGCUGAAUCUCAGCAACAUGAAAAUUAGUGCUGAGUGUUUUGAUCUCAUUUUGCAAUUUAUGUAUUUAGGAAAAAUAAUGACAGCUCCCUCCAGUUUUGAGCAGUUUAAAGUGGCCAUGAAUUACCUACAGCUGUACAAUGUUCCUGACUGCUUAGAAGACAUACAGGAUGCAGAUUGUUCUAGUUCAAAAUGUUCAUCAUCUGCUUCUAGCAAACAGAACAGCAAAAUGAUAUUUGGGGUGAGAAUGUAUGAAGAUACUGUGGCUAGAAAUGGCAAUGAAGCCAAUAGGUGGUGUGCAGAGCCAAGUUCAACAGUAAAUACACCACAUAACAGAGAGCCUGAUGAAGAGUCUUUACAAUUGGGUAGUUUUCCUGAACCACUAUUUGACGUGUGUAAAAAAAGUUCUGUGUCCAAAUUAUCUACUCCAAAAGAACGUGUGUCACGACGCUUUGGACGAAGUUUUACCUGUGAUAGCUGUGGAUUUGGCUUUAGCUGUGAAAAAUUAUUAGAUGAGCAUGUGCUAACCUGUACUAACAGACAUUCGUAUCAAAACACGAGAUCCUAUCACAGAAUAGUAGAUGUUAGAGAUGGAAAAGAGAGUAAUAUCAAAGCUGAAUUUGGUGAAAAGGAUUCUUCUAAGACAUAUUCUGCACAGACAGACAAAUACAGAGGAGACACAAGUCAGCCUGCUGAUGAUUCGACUUCAACCACUGGAAGCAGAAAGAGUAGCACAGUGGAGUCUGAACUAGCCAGUGAAGAAAAAAGCAGAGCUGCCGAGAGAAAAAGAAUCAUUAUCAAGAUGGAGCCAGAAGAUAUUCCUACAGAUGAACUGAAAGACUUUAACAUUAUUAAAGUUACUGAUAAAGAUUGUAAUGAAUCCACUGACAACGAUGAAUUAGAAGAUGAACCUGAAGAGCCAUUUUACAGAUACUAUGUUGAAGAAGACGUCAGUAUUAAAAAAAGUGGUAGGAAAACUCUAAAACCUCGAAUGUCAAUGAAUGCUGAUGAAAGAGGUGGUUUAGAAAAUACGCGACCCCCUAACAACAGCAGUCCAAUACAAGAAGAUACUGAGAAUGCAUCUUGUGAACUGUGUGGACUCACAAUAACCGAGGAGGACCUGUCAUCUCAUUACCUAGCCAAGCACAUUGAAAAUAUCUGUGCAUGUGGUAAAUGUGGACAAAUACUUGUGAAGGGUAGACAACUUCAGGAACAUGCUCAAAGAUGUGGAGAACCCCAAGAUCUGACAAUGAAUGGGUUAGGAAAUACUGAGGAGAAAAUGGACAUGGAAGAGAAUCCUGAUGAGCAGUCUGAAAUAAGAGAUAUGUUUGUUGAAAUGUUGGAUGAUUUUAGGGACAGUCAUUUCCAGAUAAACAGUAUCCAAAAAAAGCAGUUAUUUAAACAUUCUGCCUGUCCUUUUCGGUGUCCUAAUUGUGGCCAGCGUUUUGAAACUGAAAAUCUAGUGGUUGAACAUAUGUCUGGCUGCCUAGACCAAGAUAUGUUUAAGAAUGCUAUCAUGGAAGAAAAUGAAAGAGAUCACAGACGAAAGCAUUUUUGUAAUCUGUGUGGAAAAGGAUUUUAUCAGCGGUGUCACCUAAGAGAACACUAUACUGUUCAUACUAAGGAAAAACAGUUUGUGUGUCAGACAUGUGGGAAGCAGUUUUUAAGAGAACGUCAGUUGCGACUGCACAAUGAUAUGCACAAAGGCAUGGCCAGUGGUGAAAUAGGGCCUUCUAAACCUCUGGAGAAGUGAGAUCUGAAUUUGGAGAGGACCUGGGGAAGAAUCAAUCUUCAACAGAUAAUCUUUAAAUCCAGACCCAGGAAUAUCAGAUCUGAAGUGACACCAUCUUUUCUGUCUUCCUGACAAACCUCAUCAGCCCCAAAUGUUCCAGUUACAAGCAUCCAAGAAAACUCAGAAAAGACCACUUUGAAAUCACUUUGUUGUGACAAAAUUGAAUCACGGCGACUCUCUUAGUAUCUGUGGAAAAUCUGCUAAAGAAAAGUAGAAUAUUCAUAAGACUUCAAUGGGUAAAGUUACACUAAAAUGAAACUAUAUGCUGAUUAUCUUCAAGGGUCCCUUCUAAAAGGCUUGCUAGGCUACUGUAAAUAUCUAUCUAUAGUAAUAAAAGCAUAAUAUGCUAAUUAGACCAGGCAGCCGAACAACCUUCCCGGUGACCUUGACCUUCCGGAUGAAGCUGGGGCUGUGAGGGCUGAGGCAGCCACCACGGCCACUAGGGCCGAGCCCCUUGCACGAAUUUCAUGCAUUGGGCCUCUAGUAAUCACAUAACUGUGUAAACAUAUAAUUCUAAACUUAAUCUGAACCAGAGUUUACAUAUUAUUAAAUGCUUUUAUACAGUUAAAAAUACAUAAAAAUAUGUAGAAUGUAAAUAAAAAUGUGGGUACAGAGAAAAAAAAGCAAGAACAAUACUUUAACAAGAAAAGAUAAUAUUAUUACUGUAAUGUAACAUUUACCCUUUUUUUACUGUAUAUAUGAUACAAACUUGAUUAUUAAUAUUAAUGAAGCUUCCUUUUAAGUCUGUUAACUUGAAGGAAAAAACAGAAGUGGUAGUAUUUCUUCAAUAGUGGUAGAUUUUCACAAUUCACAGACAACCAAAAAGAGUGUAUCUUAAGGCAUUAUUUUCUUUUGAACUUAGCAAUAUACCUUAAUAGGACAGAAUGAGUUUCUGUUAAACACUUGUUUUUAGUAUUAAUGUUUCUCAGUUUUCAAAUUUCAAGAUAAAAUUCAACUAAGUAUCGAAUAAAAUAAUGGUUAACAUUUUAAAAGUCCUUUCAGGGGGAAAUGAAAUGUUUGGUGAAAUUUUAACCUGGCUACAAAUACUUUUCAAAAAAUACAUUUCUAGCCAUAUUAUUUUCUUAUUGUGAGUAUACUUGUAGUUUUACUUUUGGUUAACUGUGUACCCAAUUCAUUAUUAUUAUUGUUAUUAUUUUAUUGUACAAUAUUAAGAUGUCAUAUAUUUUCAAAAGUGUUUAUUAUGUUUUCAUACCUAAUCAAAUAUUUUAAUAAGGAGUUGCACAAAGAGAUCUAACUUAGAGUAUUCAUAAUAGUAUAUGCAGAGGUUAAGUAAUUUAAACUCUCUAGCUAUAAGAUAGGAUAAGUUGAAUAUUCAUUCUAAUAAUUAGAUUAAAAAAUCAGAAAAAGUUAAUUACAAUGUGUGGGUCCUGCAGCAAGAAGGGAGAAUAGAAAUCCACUAAAGAUUUCAAAAUCAUAUGAAUUCAAUUGCUUUAAAAUAAAACAAAUAAGUUUAGAAAACUGUUAGUUUCUGAAAAAACAAAACUAGAGUUAAUCUCUUUUGGGAGCAUGAGGAAGCCUACAGAACAACAGACUUAUAACAAGUAGGAAACAGAAAAGAUAAAAAAUAUUAUCAAUAAUUAAAGGUUCCAGAUCAAUAUAGUAGAGAUUCAAUAAUUUUUAAUUUACUGGUAGAAUUAGAUUCACAAAAUAAAUAUGCUUAAAUUUUGACUACUAGAAUAUGAAUAUAAGGAAUAACAAGUGAUUUAAAUGCAUUCUACAAUUUGAUUAUUUUCUGUAUAUUACUACAAAAUGGAGUUUAUUGGGUUACAUGGAGAAUUUUUGUUACAUUUCUAAUCCAUUGCUUUUACCUAAUAAAAUUCCCUCCUCUAUGUUCAGAAGUUAAACUGUUUGUAUAUUACUUUUAUUUAUACUGUACUUUUCAACCUGACUUUUAAAAAAUUAUUUGUCUGAAAUGUUAUCAAUUCCUUCCAUUCUGUAAUACCAAAAUAAUAAACUAUCUGACGUAGCUAAUUAUAGUAGUCCUGAGAAGCUUCAGAAGUACACAAAGAGAAUUACUAAAAUGAUUACUGCCAAAUCCUGUUUUUUUUUUUAAUACACAAUGACUGCAAAAGUACUAAUUCAUAGCAAACACAGGUGGCAACACAUUAAUUAGGUUUCUUUAUAAUACAAAAAUAAACAUUUAUAAGAAUCCACUGACAUAGUAUUUAGCUCUUUCAAAGGUUUGGUUAAUUCGUUUUUCAGAAUAACAAACAAUUUAUUUAUAGAAAUAACUUCCUAACCAGUAUAAUUCAUUUUGUUUCUUUUCAGUUAAAGAGCUUAUUAAUUUUGUUUCAAGUGAUCAGCAAUGAGUACUCUCUUCAUUUCAGAUCAGUUCUCAAAGACGAUUGUCAUAGUUUCAGUUAAUUUUAAUUUCACUUAAUUUAGUAAGUGUCACCAAUAAUGGCAUAUCGAGUCUGACUUCUUUCAGAUUAUUUCAGACUAUUCCACAAGAGUCUAUUCUCCAAGUUAGCCCUCUACAAAACUGAAGUAGGUAUUUAUAAUCUGCUGUGGUCACAGAUCUCUCUCCUGGAAAAACCUUUUUUCUAGGUUUGGUUCUGAUAGCCUGCAGUGCCAGGCAUGGUAGUGUCCUAACCCAGGCUACCGUGUAUCUAUAAUUUAAUUGUAACUUUUAAAGACAGUUUUCCAAGACUCAAAGAAGCAAAUAGUAAAAUUUUUCCUAUAUGACAGGUGAUUGGAUAAACAUAUUGGGACAGGAUACUUCCAAGAAUUACAAAAUGACAGUAUGUACAGAGGUCUUAAAUAUAAUAAUUAGUUUGACACCAGUUUGCUCAUAGGCUUUCAACUUAUAGGCUGCUACUUACUCCACCUUCUCUUCAGGCCAACAUUACCUCCUCAAAUCAAUCCACAAACUUUAUGAAGGUUGAACCUGGGUAGGUAGGGACUGAGAGGGUACCAGAAAAAUCCAAAAAAUUUUUCCCCUAGUACUUUGGAAAAAAUUUAUUCUUAGUCUCCCUAGAGCAAGCCUGACUAUCCAUGUACAAAGUUUUAGACCUUAUUUUAUUCAUCUUUGUAUCUCUAGUACAAGUAUUUUCAGAUGUGAUUUUGUUUCAUCUUUUGGUAUUUGCAGUUUGAGUACAGAAAUAUAAGAGGUAGGCAGAUAAUCUUCCUCUUAUACAGGAAAAAUAUUCAGGUUUUUUGGUCACUUUUAAUAAACAUUGAACUAGUGAAUCA